AUGACAAAAGAUUUCUUUCCUGAAAGAUAUGGAUUCUAUUUUCGAACUAAGAAAAUAGCACUGGAUCUUCUCUAUGUGGUUGGUCUCACUAAAUAUCACCACAUGAAUAACAUAUCAAGAUAUAAAGGAGAUGGAUCUGAAUUCACUUCGAUUCACUAUGGAUAUGGAUAUAACACUCUCCUGAUUCAUGAAAUGAUGAGACUAGAACUGUUACUCGUACAAUCAAGGUCUCCUAUAAGAAAAUAUUUAGAUAUGGUCAUUCUUGAUUCCUUAAUAUCACCAAUUACUAAAUUGAAUUUACUUGCAAGUGAUAUGACCUAUAAUGCUGUAGCAAAUCAAUACCUUGCUGAGUGUGACACGAAUGAAUUUUGCUCCAAGAAAUUUAAAGAAUUAAGUGAGGUUAAAACGCCUGUCAAAAAUUAUCUAAUACGAUUGUAUAUUUUAAAUCUAAAGAAAUGUUCAUCCAUGGAUGCUUCAGCAACAAGAGUGAUGUUAAGUUACAUAUUUUAUCAUAGUGAUCUUCAGAAUUUAAUUAUGCCUUUCAUAUUUAGAGUGAUAAGAUGCAAUGCUUUAGAUGUGAAUACUAUCAACAAUUUUUAUUACAGAUUAUUGCACUCGCCGAUCAUACAUAAAAAGUAUGAUGAGAGAGAAGCUCCAUACUAUGCUCUAGAGCGUAAUAUUGGAUGUAAUGAGAUGAUUAAGAAUUUUCAUCAAAUUGAUGAAACACAAUUAGAAAGUGACUUGGUCAAUUUUGCAGAGUAUCAAUUCAUCACUGGAAUGUCAUUAUACAUGCUGAGAGCAAAGAGAGCAAGAGAGAAGUAUAAUAUCAAUGCAACAGAGGACUACCAUGUCCACCCAUUUGUCACAUUCACCAGACCUUUGUUAAUGAUGCAAGGAUCUUUAGAUCCCAUCUCUCCUUUGAAUGGAUCUUUACAUUGGAAGGAUUUUUAUAUUGGAACAAAUCUUUCUACAUUUUCUGAAUCUCCAAUUCAAUCCAACGGAACACAUUAUUUUGUUCUAUUUCCAUUCGUUGGUCAUUUGAUUACCCUUAGAACGAAGUGCAGCUUGAACUUGAUGAUCAACUUUAUCAAAACAAAUGGAACAUCUAUUUAUGAUAAGUGCUUGGAUGAAUAUAACUUGUCCAACGCAAAGAAAACUUUGUUUAACAGUGUCGAAUUUAACACAACCAUCGAACAAUUCCUCCAAUCAAAAGAUCCAUGGGAUGAUGGUCCUCUACUUUCCAUAUCUCACUAUCACUUUAUGGUCAUUGGUUUUACUGUGGCUGGAACUGUCCUUAUCAGUUUAUUUACUUUAUUGUGCUCAUUACUGAUAUUGUCUUGGAAACGACUCUCAUGA